CCAGUUUUGAAUGCCGGGCGGUGGGUGGACAUCCCCCUUGUUCAUUGCCCGCUCAGAGCUGCUAUGAGCUUGCCAGUCUCUGGAUCUGUUUGGGUAUCGCUUCGAUCGUCCGCGUCUGAGCAUCCUGGAGAAAAUUGGUUACAGAAAAGAGCAGCGUCUGAACAGGGAGGUGUCAUUUCUGGGGAUAACCCGACUGUCUACAAUACGAAUGAUCCGUUUAGGCUCUGGGUUAUACAACUUGUGACCAUCCUCGCCUUCUCCAGAGUCUGCUAUGGCUUAUUUUACAAAAUGAGGCAGCCGCGGGUAGUUGCCGAAAUAAUUGGAGGGAUUUUGUUGGGCCCAACCGCGAUGGGUCGUAUUCCGGGGUUCACAGAAACUAUCUUUCCGACCGAGUCGAUACCCAUCCUGAACCUAUGUGCCACACUUGGGCUCACGCUCUUCCUCUUCAUUUCCGGACUAGAGAUCGACAUCAAUCUUGUUCUCAAGCAUUACAGGGUAUCUGCUGCGAUUUCAGCGGCUGGUCUUCUCGUUCCAUUUGGAUUCGGUGGAAUUCUGUCGGUUAUAUUAUAUGGUCAGUUUAUUGACAAAUCCGUGGACUUUGGACACUUCACUCUCUUUAUCGCUGUCUCCGUUGGAAUCACGGCAUUUCCCAUCCUGUGUCGUAUGCUGAAUGAACUGAAAUUGUAUGAUACAAAGCUUGGAGUCGUGGUUAUCUCCGCUGGUGUUGGAAACGAUAUCAUAGGCUGGGUGCUUCUCGCUCUUGCCGUCACACUCGUAAAUGCGAAGACGGGAUUAACAGCUCUUUGGAUCCUUCUUUGUUGCAUCGGUUAUACUCUGUUCUGCUGGUAUCCUGUACGCAUAGGUCUUCGAUGGGUUGCGAGAAAGACAGGUAGUCUUGAAACUGGAACAGUUUCUCCGGCUAUGGCUUCCUGUGCACUAGUGACACUUCUCGUGAACUCCUUUUUCACAGACGUUAUAGGCCUGCAUGCCAUCUUUGGUGCCUUUCUCUCGGGUCUUCUCGUUCCACAUGAUAAUGGACUUGCAACGAAUCUGAAGCAUCAGCUGGAACCAGUUAUAUUUGAUAUUUUCCUUCCCAUCUAUUUUGCUCUUUCGGGGUUGAAGACCGACCUGGGACUCCUGAAUACCGGAAAGGCAUGGGGAUAUACUAUCCUUGUGAUUGUGCUUGCGUACCUUGGAAAGUUCAUAGGCUGCGGUGGCGUCGCAAAGAUCGUGGGAUUCUCCACUCGCGAGGCAUGUGCAAUAGGCACAUUGAUGUCCUGCAAAGGACUCCUUGAGCUAAUUGUCAUCAAUCUGGGACUGCAAGCAGGGAUACUCACGACAAAGGUCUUCGCGAUGUUUGUUGUACACGCUGUCGUCUUGACGUUCUUCAUCACACCGUUAACCGCCCUCAUCUAUCCGGAAAGGUUCCAUACACACCUUCACGCUCGAUCACAGGACGAAGUGAUCGCGUCAUCUGUCAGCACCGACAGCAAGCAUCCAGAAGCUUGACGAAUUUCACUGAUUGUAUAUUGUCUUGAAGCGGAACUAGACUGUUAUAGCCUGACUCAGGCUCCCUUUUCGUCCUGUCCUCUUUAUAUAGAUUGAGCCUUUAGUAAAUACGGAACUCUUGAAGAGAAAAAGGAAGUUGAAGAUGUGGAGGCUAAUUGCUCACCUGAAACUUACAGAAUCCAAAAUAUAACCUUGUUUAUGUGAUCUCAGGUGAUAAAUGUAGCUCCGAGGCGUGGUAGAUGGCAGAGAGCAAUGUGUUAUCAUGAGAC